AUGGCCAUUGAAGACCAGGAUCUGUAUCUCGACCCAGCUCUUCGAGACUGGGUUCUCUUCCCCAUUCUCUUCGUCAUGAUCCUCGUCGGAAUCCUCCGCCACAACAUCACCGUCCUCCUUCAAAGCGCGCCCAAAAAGCAACCUCUUAAGGCAAUCCGGGAGCAGCUUUCCCUUCAGAAAUCCGCGAUUAUCAGACAGAAUGGGCAUCAUAUUUCUCCUGCCGCGUUUAAUGCCAGACGGGCAUAUUUGACUCAAGCGUAUACGGAGGGAAAGUUCUUGAAGGACCCCGAGGCACGAGGAAAGCCUGCUGCGAACCCGUUGACCGACCCCGGAGGGAUGGAUCAGAUGAUUAACAUGAUGAAGGGGAAUAUGGCGAACUUCAUCCCGCAGACGAUCAUCAUGGGAUGGGUCAAUUUCUUCUUUACCGGAUUCGUUUUAAUCAAGCUUCCAUUCCCAUUAACCGUCCGCUUCAAGUCGAUGCUCCAAUCAGGCGUGCAGACCUCUGAUCUUGACGUACGAUGGGUCUCGUCACUGUCGUGGUACUUCCUCAAUCUCUUCGGUCUUCAAUUCGUCUACACGCUCAUUCUCGGAGCCAACAACUCUGCCAACCAACAGAUGCAGGGAAUGGGUAUGCCAGGUAUGGGUGUCCCCGCUGUUGGGCCUUUGGCACCAGGUCAGGACCCGGACAAGAUGUUUGCAGCGGAACGGGAGAACUUGGAGUUAGUCCAGCACGACUGGGUCCUGGAAGGUGUCGAGAAGCGGUUGCUCGCAAAGUACGCUGCAAAGAAAUAG